CCAGAGCCAGAGCCAGAACCAAAUCUUCUCCUCGCGCUAUGGCAUUCGAGCUGAUCCGCACAAGAACGACGACUUUAUGUGAGCGCAAGCCCAGACUAUGAGCUUUCCGGGCAAGCCUCCAGCUGCAACAUCCUUCUUGCAGCCCAAACGACCCAACCUCGUGUAGCCAAACACUUGUUCAUGGCUUGCGCAGAGCCGCCAUUUGCCCAACAUGGAGAAGUCGAGCCUGAACGAAGCCGCAAAGCUCAGCCUCGGCAAGGUACGCCAGAUUCGUAAUACUAUUCAGGAGAAAGCCGGCGACCUCAAGCGCAUUCUCGUUGAUCCCCAAAGAAACAAAAACGUCAACUUGAUCACACGCCUCGAGGAUAUCGAAAAUCUUCUGAAAGAGCUGCGCUUAGCUUGUAUGGAAGUCAUCUUCUAUGCCUUCAAUUUCGCCCGAGAGAAGAAGAUCGAAGGCACACUUUGGGAAGCACACGUUAUAGUGAACGCCGAAUACCGGCGCGUUGUCGACCAUGUCAACACCCAGAACCAGGUGGUACUGAAACGAAAAGUCGAUAAGCUCUAUCGUGAUUUUCUCAAGACAUCGCAGUCCUUUUACACGGGGUAUAUACAGCGUCUUGCUAGCCAGUUCCAUAUUCCCGAGCUGCUGCAAGUUGCCCAUGGUCUCAACGUCGACGUGUUGGUCACUCCCCAGCAGAACCGUGAGCUUUCGGCCAGCUUACGGAUGGAACUUAUUGAUUCAUGCUACCAAACCCUCGUCCGUAUGGGCGACCUUGCCAGAUACCGAUGUCAAAACACGGAAAAACCUCCCAAGUCGAGCCUUGACAUCGCUCUAGCCCACUACGGGCUCGCUCGUAUGCUUGACCCAGAUGAUGGUGCAUCAUAUCAUCAAACCGCGGUUUUGUAUAAGCCUUCGGCAAACAACUUGGAGAUUGUCUACUACUUCCUGCGAUCCAUAUCGGUAGCGAAACCUCAUAGGCUGGGAGCUCGUAACCUUGAAACAGCUCGCAAGAGCAUCUUGAACAAUCAGACUGGGCCGAGGGGCAAUCCAAAGCAUUCUGUCGGGAAGCUUCCUUCUGAAGCUCUCACGACAUGGUUUUUGAAGCUACAUGCAUACUACCUUCAAGGUUGUGCUUUUACAGCACGUGAUGAACUUGAAAAGGAGGUUCUGCAUCGCAUGGAAGUAUGCUUCAAAAGUGAGGGUACUGAAAACCUAGCUCUUAGAAUGACGCUCCUCAGUAUGGCAGCAUGUGAUUUUGCCUUCGACAAUAUCAAAGAUACCAAAGAUUGGACUGUAGAGCGGUCGCAGUCGUGUCAGUACUUGUUAUUGUUUCAGGUACGCGUCGCUGCGAGUCUGCUUCGCACUUUCAAGUCGAUUGUUCAGAAUGAUGCUACCACCAAUGUCACCCUAAAUCCGAGUAAUGGCAGCGUCACAACUCUAGACGAAGCCGGCUUUUCUGCAUCAUUUACGCGACUGAUUCCGUUGAUUCGCAUUUAUCUCGCGUGGAUAUACGUUUCAAGGGAAGAUCUCAACCGAUAUCAGGAGUGGCUGGAGCCUUUCAUUCGAGAUCUAUAUGUGCUUCUUGCUAAUGUACUAACUCUGCUGCUUCCUUACGCCAAUGGCAACAGCGGAAUCAUCGACUCGAAGUACCUUUUGUCCGAGGACACGGAAGCACUUGGUCUCAAGGUUUUCUCGGAUCGAAAGCUACCACUUUUCUUGGAUGUGCAGAUUCUUCCUGGGUACAAUCCACCCAAGUGUCGCAAGACCCGCAAAGACCGGAAGGAGAUUAUUGGAAUCGAUUACGGUUCCAAGGCUGAAACUGUCUGGCGCAUCCGAGAUAUCCUCUGCUGUGGUGUCUAUCUCGCCGGCAGCGCUAAGUCCCCGCUGACGAUCACGACCACAGCGGACAAUAUCGAUGUCUGGGUGUACCUUAAGGACGAACCACUCAAAUCCAUCGACGAGGUCAAUGUGACGCGAAUGCUCGCUCAAGUCAAAAUGACUGCGCAUAAAGUCGGCGCAACGGCCGAUGGUCAAUUGGACCUCACCUCUCCAGACUCCAGGUCGCCCAUAGGACCGUCAUUACCUGAGCAAACAAACUUAAUAUCAGCUCCAGGUCAUCAUGGCAAACAGGACUCUUACGCAGAGCCGCAAGAAAAUGUGUAUAUAGGGCCAUCAGCCGCUAGUGUGGCUCCGCAACUUUACUUGGACGACGAGAUGAGCGCCGACCCCAACAUGGCUGGAAUGGUCGACAAGCUCCUUGAUGAGGACGAGGAUGAUGUUCCAGUCCAAUCAAACAAAACGCAUGGCGAGACAUCGUAUGGCAUGAAUUCCUCAGCAGCCAAAGAAGUUUUUGGCAAUCUGAUUCCAAGCCCUGUCGCAAACGCGCCUGGCUUGACCAUUGACCCCGACACGUCUAGGAGUAAAGCAAUCCCCAAUCUUCCAUGGAACUAUUUCUGGCAGGAAGCUGGCGCCAACAACUUGGCGGAGGGUGGCAAGGAUGUACCGCGAAGCCUAUCGGAUCAGCUGGGAGGCGGCCCUAUCGAGCAUGGGUUGAAUUACGCCAGCUACACCGGAGCGCAGAAGCCAAUAGAAGGGCAUUUCUCGAUGUACGGCAAUCAAUAUGGAUCUAGCGUGGCUCAGAUACCAUCUGCUGCCGUCGCUGCUCCGACCUCUCCGGUGCGCGCAGACCCGAAUAGUGUGACUUACUCCACAGAUCAACAAACUGCGGCACUUGAUAAGCUCAAGGCACAACUGUUCGCUCAGUAUGGAGGUGGCGCAGGCAGUAGUUCGCAGUCUCCUGCAUACGCAUACGGGAAAUCUGCGAACCAAAGCCAGAAUGGUGCUUUGCUCUCAGGUCAAAGCCACGGACAUCGAUCAAGAACAUCAUUUCCAUCACCACUGGUCAACCUUCACAGCUUACCCGCAAGUCCCGGACAGACCAAAGAUGCGCUGUCACCAAGUCUUCUAGAUGUUCAGCUUGGUCGAUCCCAGCCCGGUGUCACUGCUCAGUCACCCAUUGGGAGGGCUAUCGACAUGAAAAAUGAAGCGCAGCGCCAGUCUAGCAGUCCCUCUAGUAGCGGCUAUGGUUUCGCCCGUCCUGGUAGUCAAGGCUUAGCAAAUACGGGGCUGGCCAGAUCCCCUGGGAUUGGCAGCACAACUUUCGCUCAGCAGCUCACAGCUCUUCCCGCCACUGGUUCAUCACCGGCCUUCUCUAACGCAAGUAGCCUGUGGGCCGGUACGCCAGCUGCACGAGUUGCGCCCGAAGCUCCUCGCGGUACCGUUGCUUGUAAUGGCAACUUCUUCAACGCUACCACUCCUUUUGGUCGUAGUGGAUUUGUGAACAAUAGGGAUGACCCCACCCAUUUCCGCAACAGGCUUCAAGAGCUGGGCGCGGGUGCUGGAGAAUCGAUCGCGGCAUACGAUAGGGCGAUUCUCGAAUCUGCACUGGGCGAUGAUAAAGCUCGACGUCGCCAGAAUUGAGGAUAGAUCUGAGGGUAAACGUAGCCACUCGGCGGACAACGAACACCGUAGUGCUGCGUAUGCUGCGGUGUUUGUAUUUCUGAGCGAUUGUGAAAGAGUCUUGCUUUGGCUGAAUAGUACUGCAAUCGAAUAGCCUAG